AUGACGAUCAUCACGACGCAGAACAACAACAGCAACGAACAAAACGUCUUCACCAACGAGCAAUGGGCCUCUCAGCAGCAGCGCUCAGCCAUCCGGCAAGUCCUGAAAACGAACCGCGUCGACUCGUCACGCUCUAUGCAAGCCUCGCUGAACGAAUUCCGGCACUGGACGCCGUCUGAAGUCAGCGCGCUCUUCGCCAGCGACGACUACCCCGCGCUCAAGGACCGCAAGCUCUGCCCGCUCGGCCCCGAAAUGCGGUAUCCACCGCCGGGAGCGCGUCGCUGGGGCGAACUCGCCGCCAAAAUGGCCGUCGUCGGCGUGGCCGACGCCGCGCUCUUCGCGACCUCGCGCCUGUACUCGGCGCUGCCCGCAAAGUACCAGAACCAGUGGACUGAGACGAUCAAGGAGAGUGGGUAUCAGGGCUCGGCGCAAGACCAGUUCGACGAGGCGGGGCGGGCGAUGCGGCAGCUGCGAGGCGAGAUGGUGGCGACGUCGACGUUCGUCUCGGCGCCGCUGAGGCUGGUCGAGCAGGCGGCCGACUCGCGGCAGGCGCUGUGCGUGAACAGGAAGGGCGAGUUCCGCGUCAUGAGCGAAGGCUACGCGGCCAUAUCGCACGUGUGGGGCGAGACGAUGGGGCUGGAGCACGGCGGCGAGAAGAUCAAGCAGGACGGCCGCGGGAUGUUGCGGCGUCACUUCGACCGCCUGAUGGAGCCGGCGCUGCGCUGCGGCUACGAGUGGCUCUGGCUCGACCUGCUGGCCAUCCCCAAGAGAUCCACCGUGUCUAACAACGCCCCUGACGGCCAUGACGGCGGCUAUCUCACACGGCUCAAGACCCGCGUCAUCAACACCCUCGACGCCGUCUACCGCAACGCCGCCGCCGUCAUCGUCCUCGACUCCUUCCCGCUGCUCUACCGCGGCGCCGACCCCGCCCACGCCGCCGCCCUGCUCGUCUGCGGCCCUUGGCUGACGCGCGUCUGGACCUACCAGGAAAUCAAGCUCGCCCGCCGCGCCCUCCUCGCCACCGGCAGCCCUCAGGGCUUCGUCGACUUCGCCACCAUCCGCGCCCACCUCUCGCAGCUAUCCUCCCGCGACGCCCCCCGCUGGGAACAGCUGCACAAAACCUUCUGGCGCCUGCAGUCCGUCCACGCAAUCACAGACGGCAGGACAACCGAACUCGGCAUCAACCUCGCCGACAUCGCCCUCUCCUGCACCAACCGCACCACCAACAACGAAAAGGACUACGCCCGCGGCUUCUUCGCCCUGCUCCGCCUGCAGUGGGACCCGGACUGGUCGUCCUACGACGACGGCAUCCGCCACGUCUACGAGCGCCGGCCCCGCGAGGCGGCCGUGGUCGCCGCCAUGCACGGCCCGCGCGGCCUGGCGAGCCCGUGGAGUUGGGCGCCGAGGUUCUUGGUGGGGUUGCAGGGGAGGGUGAAUUUGCCGGAUGAGUUCUUUUGUGAUGCCGCCGGAGGAGGGCUGAGGGGCUGGUGGCAUGAGGUGCCUGUCACCCGGUUUGGCAGGUGGCGCGCGUGGUGCGUGCCCGGCGAGGAACAGCAGCAGGUGGCUAUGUUAAUAGGCGUGCGCGACGCCGCGGGGUGCGAGCGCGAGGUCCACGUCCUGCUGGCGGAUGCGGAGCGGGCGCGCGUGCGGGACGUCGAGGGCUGGGUCGAGCUGAUCGCGACUGGGAGAGCGGUCAUGCUGGCUGCGAGCGAGAUGGCGGUUUCGCCCGACUGCGUCUUUCCGACUGUGUUGUUGGCGUUGAGGGAUGAUUCGGGUGGUGGCAAGGCGCGGGACGUGGAUGAGUUGAAGGCCGGUCAUGUGGUUUUUAGUGGGGUGCUUGUGGAUGCGGGGAGGGAGGGGUUGGAUGCUUCGUUGGGGCAGUGGGUGUUGAGGUAG